AUGACCACAAAGGUCCAAAAUUCGGGUCGGAGCCGUCGUAACCACGUUUGGAUUCCAUCCUUCAUCCGUUCUCGCAACUGUCAUAGUGCGUCUGUUUCAGACUGUGAGAAGACUACCAAAGAAACCCAUGUACACCAUGGGAAGGGCAAGGAAGCGGCGGUCUCUGAUUCUCACUCGCAUUCUUCGGGUAUUUGUUGCUCAAGAUCUCACAGCUCGAGUGAGGGCAUGUGGCUAAAACACUCUGAUAUAGAUGCGAAAGACACAGAAGACGACGAUCUCGAGCGAGGCCCUCCCAAUUUCGAACGCAUCGUGCUCAGUAUCGGCGGUCUCAAAUGCGGGUGCUGUGAAGGCGGCAUUUCCCGAGCUGUCAAUCGCAUUCGAGCUAUCCAAAACCAUCAAGUCAACGUUGUUCUGGCCCGAGUCGAGUUCGAUCUGGACGUGAGUCGCCUUUCUGUCGAUGCUGUUAUUAAGAAAUUAGGGACUGCCACGGGGUACACUUUCGAAGAGCAUAACCAGCCUACGGGACAAGUACUGGAGCUAUUCGUCAGUGAUGCUGCACAUAUUCAACGUGUCGAGCAGCCGCAUGGAAUCACUCUGGUGGAACACACAUCUCCGUCCCACUAUCUGAUGCGAGUUCAAUACGAUGCUACACAAAUUGGAGCUCGCGACUUGUUCAAUUAUUAUCAGAGAUUCGACCCGCACUUACAUCUGACGGAUCCAUCGGAUCACUCCAGUCUUGCUACGGGAGCGAAACAAACGAGACGAGCGUUGUACAUAUUCCUUCCCACGCUUGCUUUGACAAUUCCGGUCAUCGUACUCGCAUGGGCUCCCGUUGACCACAACAAGCUGAUUUAUGCGCACAUUUCUCUAGCUCUUGCGACUGUAGUACAGAUCGUUGCUAUUUCUGAGUUUGUUCCGGGCGCAUUGCGGUCUCUCUAUCACUCUCGUGUGUUUGAGAUGGACUUUUUGAUCGCGUUCAGCACUACGAUUGCGUACGCUUUCAGUGUCGUAUCAUAUGUUUUCCGGAUCAGGAAGAAGCCACUGGAGACAGGAUCGUUCUUCGAGGCUUCGACUCUCCUCGUCACGUUGAUACUGUUGGGCCGCGUCAUCAACGAGUUCGCGCGAUAUCGAGCUGCAAAGUCCGUGUCUUUUCGUUCGCUUCAAAUUGAUGAGGCGCUUCUUGUCUUGCCAAAGUCGAAGCAACAAGCAGAUCCCGAGGCGAGGAAAAUCGACGCCCGGCUUUUACAGUAUGGGGAUGUCUUCAAAGUCCCACCGCACACCCGAGUUGUCACGGACGGUACGAUCUUGUACGGCGGAUCAGAAAUCGACGAAUCAAUGAUCACAGGCGAACCUAUACCCGUCGCUAAAGGAGUGAACUCGAGGGUCUUCGCAGGUACUAACAACGGAUCGGGUCAGCUCAUUGUCACUUUGACUGCUCUACCUCACGAGAAUUCCAUCCACAAGAUAGCGACAAUGGUCGAGGAUGCGGAGUUGACAAAACCCAAAGUCCAAGCACUGGCAGACCGGGUAGCGGGCUGGUUUGUUCCUACGAUAGCGACCAUUGGGUUCCUCGUCUUCCUCAUCUGGCUGCUUGUGGACAAAUUUCAGAACAAACGACCAUGGAAAGACGCCGCCAUCAGGGCCAUCACUUAUGCUAUCGCCACACUCAUUGUAUCCUGUCCUUGCGCCAUCGGAUUGGCAGUUCCUAUGGUUGUCCUCAUCGCUGGAGGUGUGGCAGCUCGAUUCGGCAUCAUCUUCAGAGACCCUCAGAAACUUGAGAUCGCGCGUAGUGUCACGGAUGUCGUCUUCGACAAGACAGGAACCCUCACCUGUGGGUCUCCGGUGGUUGUCGAUGAGUACUAUCACGGUAGUCACGCUGCACAAGUCAAGGGGAUGCUGCUUGGCCUACUGAAGGACAUCAAGCAUCCGGUGUCUGCAGCCGUCUUUCGACAUCUUGAGCGAGAGGUUCGCAUGGACUCGGAGAAGCUCAUCAUACCUCUCGAGAUGAAUGACAUCAUCAGCGUGCCGGGAGAAGGCAUCGUAGGUACCUACGCAGAGAGUGGUGACGAGAUCCGCGCCGGAAAUCCCCAAUGGCUCGAAAUUGAAGUAGAAGAAUCCACCUGCAGCUUCCUAUGCGUUACCAUCUCCGGCGUCCUAAGCGCCACAUUCCGGCUCAAAGACCGUCCCCGACACACCGCAGAGCUAGUCGUCGAGAAACUCCAAGCCCGCGGCAUCACCGUCCACAUGAUAAGCGGCGACAGCCAAGGCUCUGUAGACGACGUCGCACACUCCCUCAACAUCCCCAAAAAGCACACCAAAUCGCGCUGCAAACCCGAAGGCAAAUUGACCUACGUCAAAGACGUGCAGGGCUCCGCCGGGCCCAAGAAAACCGUCAUGUUCGUCGGCGACGGGACGAACGACUCCGUCGCCCUCAAACAAGCAGACGUGGGCGUGCACAUCAACCACGGCUCAGACGUGGCCAAGAGCGCUGCAGACGUCGUUCUCAUGACGACGAGAUUGCACGAUAUCCUCAUCUUGCUGGAUAUCUCGCGGGCGGCGUAUCGCCGCAUCUUGCUCAACUUCGCAUGGUCGGCGUUCUACAAUCUGUUCGCUAUUCUUCUUGCCGCGGGUGCAUUUGUCAAGGUUGGGGAACAGGUCAGGAUUAAACCUCAGUGGGCGGGAUUGGGCGAACUGGUCAGUGUGCUGCCUGUGGUGCUUAUUGCGUUUCAGAUGCGCUGGAGGAGCUAUGGUGCGCAGUAUCGCGCGAUUGAGUUUGAUUAUAUGAAGGCGGAGCCGGAGGGUGAGACGGAUGGACAGCGGGUUGAUAAGGUGGAGGAGCAGCGGAGAGGCAGACGGUCGACUAGGGGAAGUGGGAGUGGGGUGACGUGUAAUAGGGAUCGGGGUGGGUGUCUUUGUUGCUGA